ACAUGUCAUACACGAGGCAUUUCAUCAGAAUUGAGGCUCCAUCAGAAUGGCUAUAUGCAUGCUCAAAUGGAUCCACUUUUAAGCAGCUGUGCAUCGUCUCAAUUGCGAUGCGAGCCAAAGAUUUGGCAAGAAGAGUUUUAAGCUCGCGAGGAAAGACAACUAUUUCCUUUAAUAACAUCAAAGGGGAGGUCAGUCAAAAUCAGUAUGGAUUUGUUAUUAAGAGGAUUUUGCAAACAAAUGAAGUAAAUUGUACGUAUGCUGCAUUUGACAUUGCUGUGGAUGUUCCAUCGGAAUGGCUAUCGGAAAAUGUGGACGUCCAUAAGCUGAGAAACAUUUUAAUGGUGGCCAUCGCAGUGACUAACUAUAACUGCUUCUAUGACAAGACGGAUGAUGAAAGGGCAUAUCUACGAUUUAUGAAUGUAGUUGUUGAAGUUUGCAAAAUCAACAACUCAACAUUUCGUUUAGAAAGGAAACCUGAUUUGCAUAUCCCGCGCUACUUCAUCUAUCCCAAUUUUGAUUGCGGUUUACAGGACCUGGAUUGUGAUGAAUUGGAGAUUACAAUUGAAGAGUGCUUUUCCAGGCAUGAAAAUCAAGGAGAAAAUAAUGCUAAUAGAACCAGAGAAGAAGAAGAAGACUUGUGUGACUGCUGUAAGAAGGGAAUCAAAGCUAGAGAAAGAAGUGAAGGGGACAUGGACUCGGACGUAGGAGAAGACGAGGUGGACGAAGAAAAGGAGGGGAACACUGACGAGACAGAGACAGAGACAACGAUGGACAUAAAAGAAGACGAGGUAGAUGAAAAGGAGGGGAACACCGACAAGACGGAGGCAGCUGUGGACGACAAAGAAGAGGAGAGUCACAGAGACGAGAUAAUCUUAUAA